AUGGCUCCUACCGCAGCCCCCCGAGCCCCGGGUGCGCCUUACUUCACCCCGGAGCAAUCCCCACCAGCAGGGACCCCUCUCAAGACCGAGAACCUACCGACUCUCUUUACGCCUCUAAAGAUCCGGGGCGUCACUCUUCACCACCGAUUUGCCGUGAGUCCCAUGUGCACCUUCAGCUCCGAGGAUGGCCACCUAACCGACUGGCACCUCGUCCACCUCGGCCAAUUCGCCUUCAACGGCGCCGGCCUCGUCAUCGUAGAAGCCACCGCCGUCGAAGCUCGCGGCCGCAUCUCCCCCCACGACGCCGGCCUCUGGACAGACAGCCAGAUCGCACCCCUGAAGCGCAUCGUCGACUACGUCCACAGCCAAGGCCAAAAGAUUGGCAUUCAGCUCGCGCAUGCCGGGAGGAAAGCAAGCGAUUUGCCGCCCUGGGUCGGCAGGAAUUUAACCUACGCCAAGCCAGAGCAGGGUGGUUGGCCGGAUGACAUCGUGGCGCCAAGUGCGAUCGCUUAUAGCGAGGCGUAUCCUACGCCGAAGGAGUUGACGGUGGAGGAGAUUCAGGAAUUUCUGAAAAGUUAUGCCGCGGCUGCGAGGCGGGCUGUCGAAGCUGGAUUCGACCUUAUCGAGAUUCACGGUGCCCACGGGUAUCUGAUUUCAGAAUUCUUGUCCCCGGUUACAAACCGACGGACCGACCAAUACGGCGGCAGCUUCGAAAACCGCACCCGCCUCGUCACCGAAGUCAUCCAAACCGUCCGCGCCGUCAUCCCCGAAGCCAUGCCCCUCUUCCUCCGAGUCUCCGCCACCGAGUGGCUCGAAUACACGGGCGAGCCCUCCUGGGACCUCGAAUCCACCAUCCGCCUCGCCAAGACUCUCCCCGCCCUCGGCGUCGAUCUUCUAGACGUCAGCUCCGCCGGCAACAGCCCCAAGCAAAAGAUCCGCAUGGGCGAUCCGUUCUACCAGUCCGAUCUGGCGGGCAAGAUCCGCGCCGCCAUUAAAGAGGAAGGGUUGAAUCUGCUCAUCGGCGCUGUUGGGAUGAUUAAUGUGCCUGAGAGGGCGAGGCUGACGGUUCAGGAUGGGCCGUUGGAGGGGCAGGAGGAGGGCAAGAUCGAGCCGCCGAGGGCCGAUCUUUGCUUGGUGGGUAAGCAGUUCUUGAGGGAGCCGAAUUGGGUGCUCAAGGUUGGUGAUGCGUUGGGCGUGCCUCUUCAGAAACCCGUUCAGUAUGGAUAUGUCUUGAAGCAUAGGAUGUAA